UAACAACCUCAAAUUCCUCAAAAAUCUUUACACAUUUUCUUAUAGUAAAAUUAUUGUCACCCCAAAAGCAUUUUUCUUGUUCAUCCUUAUCCAAUCUCUCUUGAAAGGAGUUAUUUUUUUAGCGUGUGAUAUUUAUGAUGGAUGCAAUGGAGAAAAAAUCAAGAGAUCUAGAAAGUGAUGAAAAAUUUGAAUUGCCACCUGGAUUUAGGUUUCAUCCAACAGAUGAAGAACUCAUAACUCAUUAUCUCUCUCAAAAGGUUCUUAAUAGUUGUUUUUGUGCUAUAGCCAUUGGAGAAGCUGAUUUAAACAAGUGUGAACCUUGGGAUUUGCCUUGGAGGGCCAAAAUGGGUGAGAAAGAGUGGUAUUUUUUCUGUGUUAGGGAUAGAAAAUAUCCAACUGGCCUAAGGACAAAUAGGGCUACAUGUGCUGGAUAUUGGAAAGCAACUGGAAAAGACAGAGAAAUAUUUAGAGAGAAGACACUAAUUGGAAUGAAGAAAACUCUUGUUUUUUACAAAGGAAGAGCUCCAAAAGGUGAAAAAACAAAUUGGGUCAUGCAUGAAUAUAGAUUAGAGGACAAAUAUUCUUUACAAAAUACAUCCAAAAGGACUAUGAAGGAGUGGUCUAUUUGUAGAGUUUUUGAGAAGAGUUCUUGUGGAAAGAAAAUGCAUAUUCAAGAUUUGGUAAGGUUCAAUUCAAUUGGAAAAGAAUUACCUCCUUUGAUGGAUUCUUCUCCAAACAAUAGUGAAUUAAAAAGUACUAUUGGAGAUUCAUCACAUGUGACAUGUUUCAAUCAAAAUCUAAUUGAGGAUUCUCAAAGGAUACAAAAUGAUAACAUAAUUGAUAGUUUUGAAAGUCCUAUUUUAACAUCUUCAUAUUCAUAUUCUUCUAACCCUUAUGAUAAUAAUAUUUCCUCUGCUUCAUGGACACAAAAUUUGUCACACCAAUCAACACAAGUUGUGAAUUCAAAAUCUUCAGAUUGUUUUAUGGUUCAAGAACAAUCCAUGUUGAGGAUGUUGAUUGAAAAUCAUGGAACAAGUACAAAGACAAAAUUUGAGAAAGAUCAAGAAUGUGAUUUUGAUGUUGACAUUUCAUCUAUGAUAUACAACAAUGAAAUGUUUCAAGUGAAUCAAGAAUAUUCAAUAGGACAUUUGGACAAUGGUUUCUUAUGGAAUUUCUGAAGAUUAAAUAUAAAAUUAAGAAUUUUAGGAGUUAACUUUAUUAUACAUGUAAAUCAAUUGAAUUCAUGUUAAUGUUAUCCUAGAAAAUACAGGAAUUAUAGAUCUAUUACUAAAAUCUUAAUAGUCUUUUUUGUAUAGUUUUAAAAAGUUGUAUUGUUCCACAGUUUUGUAAAUAUAAAUUUAUAGUGCUUUAUAGUUUA